CGUCCUAGAUACGUGGCACGGUGAGAGCGGACACAGCAGUAAAGCACACUCCUUCACAUGAUCAUUUCUCCCAUCUCGAGAAACACUGAACAAACACUCUUCUUCCCUCCCCCAACUCAACUACAAUGGCGUUCUCUCCUAACCUCCGCCUCUCCUCCACUCUCUCUCCUCCCAAACUCAUCAACUUAACCAAUGCUAAACCCUCCUCCUCUUCUUCGUAUUCCUCUUCUCUUCUCAAUUGCUCCCCAUUCGUCUUCUCUCGCAAUCUCCCUCUCAGGAAUCUCUCCUCUCUAAUCAUCAGAGCUUCUUCCACUGUUACGGAGCCUGAAGCGCUCAAGGUUUAUACUGUUCCAACUAAGCCGAUUGAAGGCCAGAAAACCGGAACCAGCGGCCUUCGUAAGAAGGUUAAAGUGUUUAUGGAAGAUAAUUAUCUUGCUAAUUGGAUUCAGGCGCUGUUUAAUUCAUUACCACCAGAGGAUUUUGAGAAUGGAUUGUUGGUGUUAGGAGGUGAUGGUCGGUACUUUAACAAAGAAGCCGCGCAGGUAAUUAUCAAAAUUGCUGCUGGGAAUGGUGUUGGUAAAAUUUUGGUUGGCAAGGAAGGGAUCAUGUCAACUCCUGCUGUGUCGGCAGUUAUUAGGAAGAGAAAGGCCAAUGGUGGUUUUAUAAUGAGUGCGAGUCAUAAUCCCGGCGGGCCUGACUACGAUUGGGGAAUUAAGUUCAACUACAGCAGCGGGCAACCAGCACCUGAGUCCAUCACAGACAAGAUUUACGGGAAUACGCUUUCUAUAUCUGAGAUAAAGAUGGUGGACAUUCCAGAUGUUGACCUCUCUCAUCUUGGUGUAACAAAAUAUGGAAAAUUUAGUGUUGAAGUGGUUGACCCAGUUUCUGACUAUUUGGAGCUGAUGGAAACCGUGUUCGAUUUUUCCCUAAUCAGAAGUCUGCUAUCUCUAGAUGAUUUCAGGUUGGUUUUUGAUGCAAUGCACGCAGUGACCGGUGCUUAUGCAGAACCCAUCUUUGUAGACAAGCUUGGAGCUAGCACGAAUUCUAUUUUAAAUGGAGUGCCUCUUGAAGAUUUUGGGCAUGGCCAUCCAGAUCCAAAUCUUACAUAUGCUAAAGACCUAGUGAACAUCUUGUAUAAAGAGGAUGGACCAGACUUUGGAGCUGCAAGUGAUGGUGACGGUGAUAGAAACAUGAUUCUUGGUAGAGAAUUUUUUGUUACCCCAUCGGACUCUGUUGCAAUUAUUGCCGCAAAUGCGCAAAGUGCGAUUCCAUAUUUCCAGAGUGGCCCAAAAGGUUUGGCGAGAUCGAUGCCAACAAGUGGUGCUCUUGACCGUGUUGCUCAGAAGCUGAAUCUGCCAUUUUAUGAGGUUCCCACUGGUUGGAAAUUCUUUGGAAAUUUAAUGGAUGCUGGAGUGUUGUCAAUUUGUGGUGAAGAAAGUUUUGGAACAGGAUCUGACCAUAUUCGUGAAAAGGAUGGAAUAUGGGCGGUGCUAGCUUGGCUUUCAAUACUAGCAUAUAGAAACAAGGACAAGAAAAGUGGUGACCGGCUGAUUUCUGUCUCUGAUGUUGUUAAGGAGCAUUGGGCCACUUAUGGAAGAAAUUACUUCUCUCGAUAUGACUACGAGGAAUGUGAAUCUGAAGGUGCCAACAAAAUGGUAGAGUAUCUUAGAGAUUUAAUUUCAAAGAGCAAGGAAGGCGAUAUAUAUGGAGACUAUGUCCUUCAAUUUGCCGAUGACUUCACUUAUACUGAUCCUGUCGAUGGAAGUGUUGUAUCUAAGCAAGGUGUACGUUUUGUUUUUACUGAUGGAUCGAGGAUUAUAUUUCGCUUAUCGGGAACUGGCUCUGCAGGCGCAACAGUUAGAGUCUACAUUGAGCAGUAUGAGCCCGAUGUCUCUAAACAUGACAUGGAUGCUCAGAUUGCUCUGAAGCCAUUAAUUGAUCUUGCAUUGUCUGUUUCAAAGCUCAAGGACUUUACUGGAAGGGAAAAACCUACGGUCAUUACAUAAACAGUUUUGUUAAUAUUACACAACGCAAGGAAAAUAAGUUGUUUUAGCAUGUCGGCAUUUGGUUACUUAGUUCCUUUUUUUAUUUAAAAUUACUCUUUGAUUUUUAUUUUUUUUAAUAUAAGUGUGCUCCAGGGAACCAAUAAAUAGCUCCUUUGUACAGCACAUAUCUUUGUUUCAAGGUAAAUAAUCCCCCCUCCCCAAUGUAUGUAGGAAACUCUGUUACUGCUAUUA